AUGGACUUCGCGGAGAAGGACAAAAAGUAUUUCUUGGUUGUUAUAGAUAGCCAUUCGAAGUGGUUGGAAGUGUUUUACAUGACGUUCACAACCUCAAAUAGGACAAUUGAGGUCUUGCGGUGGUUAUUCGCGUCGUAUGGUCUACCCGAUGUGAUUGUAUCAGAUAAUGGACCCCAGUGCAUUUCUAGUGAAUUUGAACAGUUCAUAAUUAAGAACGUAGUGAAACAUACUCUUGUACCUCCGUACCACCCCGCAUCGAAUUGUGCAGCGGAGCAGUCUGUGCAAAUCCUUAAGCGGGCACUCCUGAAACAGGUUUCAAACGGUGAUGGACAGUAUUCCAUGCAGCAUCGCCUUAGUAACUUUUUGUUGAAGUACCGGUCAACACCUCACUCAGUAACAGGUGUGUCUCCCGCGGAAUUGUUUUGA